AUGAAAGAAACUAUUGUUCUUAAAGAUACUCUUCAACGAAAGUACGGCGAACUCUCGGGGGAGAUUGUGAUUGUUGAGAUAACCCUAAAGGAAAUUCAGGAGAUAUUGGCUGCUAACAGGCAAAAUUCUUCAGUCUCACAAACACCCCGCAGUCCCUCUAUCGUUCCUGUGAGCGCCUUUCAAAAACCCUGCAUUCCAGAAAAUCAAGGUGGUGUUAAGAGUCUUGGGAUAUCUCUCUGUGGAAAUAAGGAUCUCAAUCAAAUGGCUGUUCUAGUCUGUGGCCUACGACCUGGAAGUAUAGCUGAAGUGGAUGGAAGAAUUGCCGUUGGUGAUCAAUUACUCGAGCUCAAUGAGCAUAUUCUUUAUGGACGAAGCCAUCUUAACGCCGGUCCCAUGAUUCGAUCGUGUCUUUUGAGUAUCCUCCAUCGAAAUUCGGGCAGAAAAGCAAAAUCCCAUUCCUCCCUAUGUUUUGUGAUUUGCCGGAAUCCCGAAAAUAUGGCAAAUAUGGCUGUUGCUCCUCUCUCAUACGCCACUAAUUCUCAAAAGGUCAGUCGACGAAAUAGUGCCGAAACUGGAUCUGGGGUGGAAUCUUCCUCAUCCAAAAGUGCCACUGAAUUGCGUGGAAGUCUCAUUGGCCGGUCAACUUUCGAAGAAGUUCAUGCUACUCGACUACUUCGAGGGCGCAAUGGAUUCGGCUUCGCGAUAAUGGACAAAAGCUUUACCAACGAACCAGGAAUUUACAUCAAACAGCUAGUGGAAAACAGUCCAGCUGCGUUGGAUGGAACACUUCGGGCUGGUGACCGAAUUCUACGGGUUGACUGGCAUGACGCUCUUCAUGCACGCUACGAUUCUGUCCUGGAGUGGUUGAGAUCUGCUCAGCAUCAGGUAAUCUAUCUAUUUUUUAUUCUAUAA